GGGGCGGGGCGUGGCUGUAAGCGAUGGUAGGAGUCGCCGUGGGAAAAGUGGUCAAAGAUGGCGAGAGGCAGCCGCAGUUUGCGGAGUGUAGCUCAGUGUUUGAAACAGCUGCCGUUCAGAGCCGAGCCGCACAGCAAGACCACCGUCAGAUACCUGUCAUCAUGUGGGAUCCUGAUGACUCGCGUGCCCCCCCUGCUGGGUUCACCGGAGCCAGGUCAUGGCAUUGUAUUGCCUGCCCGCAGCUUCUUCAACCUUGCAGAUUCUUUUUCCAAGAGGAAGGAGUAUUCAGAGAGACGCAUCAUUGGGUUUUCCAUGCAGGAGAUGUAUGGCGUGGUAGCUGGUGUGGAGAACUACCGCCUGUUUGUCCCCUGGUGUAAGAAAUCUGAUGUUGUGUUCCAGCGAUCUGGAUUCUGCAAAGCAAAACUCACCGUGGGCUUUCCACCUGUUGUGGAAAACUACACUUCACUUGUUACAACUGUGCGCCCCCAUCUGGUCAAGGCUUCCUGUUCUGACGGGAAAUUGUUCAACCACCUGGAGACGGUUUGGCGUUUCAGUCCCGGCCUCCCUGGCUACCCUCGUACCUGCACUGUGGACUUUGCUGUCUCCUUUGAAUUUCGGUCCCUUCUUCACUCCCAGCUCGCUCACGUCUUCUUCGACGAGGUGGUGAAGAAGAUGGUUUCAGCGUUUGAACGUCGCGCCUCCACGAUACACGGUGCCGAGACCCCAAUCCCCCGCGAGCUGAUGUUCCACGAGGUUCACCAGACGUAGCGCUGUCGCCGCAUGAAUGUGAAGGUCCACAGUGACGGAAAGAAGAGACUUGAACCGCAGUGCCUUCUCAUGACCAGCACAGACUGUCAGUAAAGCAGCAUACAGUGGAACUACUACAUCCAGCCAGCAGGCGGCGCCAUUUCUCACUAUCCAGACUUGUCGGAUGACACUAAACCAGCAGCCCGUGCUGUGCCUCUUUGAGCCAUCACAUGUGAAUGCUGUCCUGUUGGCGGUGGGUGGAGCCUGUCCCAGGGAGGCGGGGUGUUUGUUCUCUUUGAUGGCUGUUGUGUCUGUGCAGGCUGAUGAUGAGGAUCAUUUAUUUUCUUAACCAUGUGACAGGAAGUGAACAGGGAAUGAUGUCACACCUGAUGCUGUUUCCUGUUGCACACAUUGUGCUGUCACACAGAGGAAGGCGGGGUCAGGGCGGGGUCACCGGCAGAUCACCCAGCAUGUGAUCUAAGAUGAACCAGGUUCACGCGGUAGUCACAUGUGAUGGCGCAAGUUGAGCACAGUAGCCACACUCACAUCCUUUGACCUUGGAGUGAGUGUGGCUGACGUCUGUCUUCUCAGAUUGAAAUUUGGAUCUGUGUGUGUGUGUCACACUUAUAAGUCUUUAUUCACAGUCUUUAUUCUGCUGUCUGACUGUUCAUAAUCAGCACAACCACACAAACCUGGUAACGUGACGGGCGAAUGUUUGUUAGCGUCUUGACGGUUAGCGUACCGCCUAUCCCGCGUUGGUAAAACAUGCCCCUCAACAUGCUGUGUGUGCGAUAUCUAGAUUUCUUUGUGAUGUCACACAGCAGCUGGUGUUUAAAAUGUGCAAUGUUAGAAGUUAAAGUGUUCAUCUGACGAGGGCCUAAAGGGUCGAGGCAAAGGUCACGCCCCUUGACCCGGUCCUGUCAGAUUCCCGUUUCUCCUGCCAACCUGAAGCCUUCACGGAUCCAGAUGUCACUCGGUGCCUCUUAGCAGCAUGCUGACGUAUCUCAGUGCUUUUAAACUUCUUGUGUAUUUGAUCCUAUUUAUUUGGGUGUGUGUAUAUAUGGGGACCUCUGCUGGUGCCUCUGGGGUUAUUGUGCUGUGUAUAAAUUAUCUACAUGUACUUCCUGCAUGGCUAAAUAUCCUUUUUCUUAAAAUAAAGCUGGGGACAAAAGUCCUUGUGGUUGGUU